GGCCAGAAAGUUAAAUAACUUACAAAUUUGCUAGUUAAAAUUGGGGGGCAUGAGGGCAGGAAUGUCUGUGGAAUCUGUUGCUUGGCAACUUUUGAGGAGCCAGUCAAUUACCUCUUGCCACUAAAAGGAAAUUAACUCCUCGUAAUGCAGAGGGCCUGAAAAGUCACCCAGAGCAGGCCAUCCGUAGCCAUGUCGCACUUUCUCUACUUGACUCCACAAGUCCUUCUGCCCUUUAGCCCUCUUACUUCUCAGGAGUUUGACCUGAUCAGACGCAAGGCUGGAGCAUCUUGGCAGAAGGAAACGAAAUGGUCAGAUUCUUCUCUGACAACCUACAAGGGCAGUUACCGCAGGAAAGAACUGGAUAAAUCCGCAAGUGGCCAAUUUUGUUCGGAAGCAGGAAAGCAGAAGCCUGAGUGUCGCCAGAUAUCAUUGCCAAGGGCCUCUGCCUGCGGUCCCAAACUCAGCAGGGAUGGUCCCCACAACACUGCAGGUGGUAAAGGACUAUUCCCUCAGAUAACCAGUUCCUUUCAAAAGCCACUUGAUGUCAAGCACAGAGUGGCACACCAGAUUCUGUUUCGUGAUCUUUCUGCAGCACCUCCAAAUUGUGAGUCCUAUGUGAGGACGAAAAAACCAGCACCAGAGAACCUGGUGAAGGCCCGUCAACAAAGGACAGACUUCCUGCUGAGAUGUCUCUCCAGUGGGAAGCAGACUGCAAAGGGGAUUGCAGUUUCUCUUGUACUGUCCAGAUUUCCCCUUGGCAUUGGCUGGGUCCUGCCUCUUGCGAACAAGGCAUUACGUUCUCAGACUGUCCUUCCCUCUGGGGUCCCACAUGGGUGCCUUGCAUCUGGGGCACACUCUUUUCAUGUGGCUGUUCUGGCACCCAGCAACUACUGUCCCCAUGCCUUCUGA